CGCGCUUCUGCGCAACACUUCGCUACGAGCGAAAUAUAAUCAACCGGGAAAAUACAAAUCUCGCAGUGAUGACGCUUAGAUGAGUUCGCAGACUGACUUUAAAAAGUCUGCCUUCGUUGAUAUGUGUAUGUGUGCAGUUACGAUUAUUGUUGACAUUGUUUGCUGCGGGUACAAGAGUGAAUGAACAGGAGCUGAUGAAGGGUUGAAAAAUUAAUAAAGAUUUGUAGAUAAACUAAACACAAGAUGGAAAUUUGAAACGCGCUGUCAAGAGGAAAGACGAGUGGAUAAACGCCAAUGAAACUAUAGAUACUAGUGCUGCGCAUGUGAUCUAAAUGCCUUAUUCAAGAGAAUUGUGCGCUGCUGAGAGCAGGCGCCGACUAUGUUCGACUCGACCAAAGGCGCCUUGCUCGUAGCGCCGUCUCUCGUCAACAGUUCCUGCUGGUUCAACGGCAAAGGCUGGCCCACCACUUUUCCUGCUCCAGUUGAUAUAAUCAAAGCUUUUUUCAUAUUCGCUCUAUCCAUGGGCAUAGUUUUCGCAAACCUAGUUCUUAUCUGCGUGCUUAGCAAUCGAAGAUAUAUUAAGUAUAUUGAAAACCAGCCGAGGUAUUUGCUGACAUCCUUGGCACUCAACGACUUGUUCACGGGAAUCUUGGUGGCUCCCGUGGCUCUACUCCCAGCGCUUUACAAGUGUUGGCCCUACGGCGAAAUCUUCUGUCAAAUACAGGCUUUAUUGAGAGGAGCAGUAAGCCAACAGAGUGCUGUCAUAUUAGUCUGUAUGGCUAUCGACAGAUACCUGUUUUUGCUUCACCCAAAUACCUACCAAAAGCAUUCCAGUAAAAAGGGUUGCGUGUUAGUUAUAAGCAUUACGUGGAUCCUGUCCGUAUCACUCUUCGCUAGUAUGGUGCUACCUCGCUCCGGGUACUAUUUCAACUCCACGGGGCUUAUGGCCUGUGAUGUUUUCCACAGUAGAGUAGCGUUCAGAAUCCUGUCGUGCUGCGCCUACUAUUUCCCGACGACCAUGGCGCUGAUGUACUGCUACGGGUCCGGGUUCCAUGUGAGCAAGAACCGGAGCAAGUGCGUUCCGGACCCGGUUAGGCCCAACGGGAUCCCGCCGCCGUGCACAAAGAGCGCUCUGGACAGUCAUGAAGCAGUCACAGUGAUCCAAGCACCAGCCAGACCUCACAGUGUCAGCACAUCUCGAACCAUGGCCGCCAUGUCUCUAGGAUUCAUUGUAAUGGUCACCCCCGCGACCAUACAAGAGGUCGUAGCAGCAUGUACUGGUUGCAAGGUUCCGCCAACGCUAGACUUCAUUGUGACUUGGCUGGCUCUUAGCAACAGCUUUUGGAAUCCCUUCUUGUACUGGCUUUUGAACAGUCACUUCAGAAGAAUCAGCAACGAGUUACUUCAGUAUUAUUUUUGCUGCCGAAGAUCAAAAUCUUUCGGAAACUAUGAUAAACCAACGGGAUGUUGCGGCUCCCCAAUCACAUCCGAUGGCCGACAUUCGAAGGGAGAGUUUGAAGGAGUAGGCGAAAAAUAUUGGGGUGAAAUACUAGAACGCACGGUGUCAUCCACAUCUCUGCAUGCUAUUCAAAAAGCGUGUCAUAGAGAUCAUGUGCGGUGCACAGGAUCUUUCAAAGGGUGCCCAAGUAGUGUUUGUAAACAUGACCCGAGAUAUUUUGAUGUCUGUGGGCCUACAGAUUACAGACAAUUUGAUAGAUCAGCUUUUCAAAUCGAAUCAUGCUCAAGACAAUGUAGACUUAAGAAUUCCGACAUCUGCCUCUUUAGACCAGCAUCAGAACUUGAAUGUGGCAGGUCUCGAUCAAAUUUAAGUUUAGAUGAAGGAAAUUUCAACAAAACAUGCAAUGGAAGGCACCCAGAAUUGUGAGAGUUCCGACAAUGCCCGGUCUUCGGGCACAGGAGUAACAGUAUAGGAGUAUACCCAGGGAUAGAUCACUUUAAUUCAAACAUAAAGUGGAAGUUUGAUGAUUCUCCUGAUGUUGAUGACGAUAUGCAGACUUUGGAGCAAAAUUUGGAUAGGAUACGAAGUGUUAGUCACGAUAGAAGCUUUAAUACAUUCGGUGUAAAAGAAGAAGAUCACAUGUUGGAAGUAGAAGUAAACGAUGUCGUCGACAACGAUUCCGAUGAAAAUAGGGACUACAACAGUUCGCGUGAAAUGUCUGACGAAAAGAGUGAUUACAGUGUUACUAAUAAGUUUUCGCGCACUUCAUCUCUCUCCAACAGAGAGCUCGAUGUCAUAAAGGAGAGCUCGAGAAGCUCUAGUGACACUGAAGUGACGUUAACACGAUGACUCCCGCGGGUGACUUUCGACAGGGCGGUGAAUGUAGUUCACUUACAGGCAACUGUUGAGAGACCUAAAUCUAAGCGCAAUCUGUUGAUAAAAAGAUAUACGUAGUAGCUCGAAUAGAUAGAAUUGUUGUAGUUUUAAAUUUGUGGACCAUUAGAUUCAGGUCUGAUUUGUGUAUUUAAAUUGCUGAAUUUGCUAUUCAGAACGUUGUACAUAUAAUGGAAGUAUCAGUAUUAUAUAAGAUUUCAUGUAUAGAAGGACAUUUUGUAUUUUUUACUUUUUGUAAUAGUAAUUUAAUAGUAGAUUAUGAUUUUGUUACUAUAUAAAUUAAUUAUAACUUGAAAUAAAAACGGAUUGUGAUGUCAGAUAUUCUAGUCAUUAACUUUGUUAAUUAGACAAAAUGUAAUAACUAUGAGUAGGAAAUGUUUUAAAAUAUUAUUUAAGACUAUGAGUACUAUGUUAAUUUAUCUUUCUCCAUUAAGCUUGUACAUAUACAAUAAGACUGUUUGAACGUAAUUUCUAUAUUCAGAAUCGCACAAUUAUACUUUUCUUCUAUAUAUGAAUAAUCGUGAAUAAAUUAUUUAUGUCUACCUAAAUGUUAAACUGGCGAA